AUGCAAACCUUACAGAAAACUGAUGGUGGGGAUUUCACCACCACGACCUACAACGAGGUGGAGUGGUCCCAUAGCGCGAUCACCCCUAAGGGGGGUGCUGUGGUGUUUUUAAGGGAUGCCGAGUCGGACAAGGAGCAAUUCCUUCCCAUUUACCACCCCCACAGCAUCACACUGCGGGAUUUGGCCGAGGAGUUUAACAUCAGUAGCGUGCUGGAGUGUGACGCGGAGGGCAGUAUUCAGCCCCGCACCGUCGCGUUGGAUUCCCCCUCGGAUAUCCUGCACGCGGGGCGGCACUACAUCGCUCACCGCGACGCCAGGUCGGAGGCGGGGGCCAAUCGCGUAACCUUUCGCGGACGAAUCGUCGUCAAGGAGUAUGAGCUUGAUCACCCCACUCCCAUCUCGUCCGGCACUUCUUUUAUGCCAAACUUCAGUAACAAGGGCGGGAUCGAGGAAAGGACGGGCCCUGACGACUCAUCCCAGGACACGAAACCCCAUCAAGCGACCGGCGGGAAUCCGAAUAAGGAAAAUGAAUUGGACGGGUUGUCUAUUCAUUCUCUCCCGCGUGUGGCGACAUUGGGAAGUACCGAUAGGCGAAAACGCCCACGCGCGGAUGGGGUGGACCAAGUUUCGAAGGAUCACCCAAUCUCGCAUCGCCAUGAAGCGGGCUGUACGGCCGUCGGGCAGGUUUGUUCAACAAGCUCUAAUGACAGUACUUGUAGAGGGGAGCUGUCAAUCCCUUUGGAAUGUAGCCAGCCUGAUAACCAACCAGUUGUGCGCUUCUUACCUUUCAAAGCGGACCUACACGGUGAUGGUGUCCAAGUAUUGAUUCAGUUAGAGGACCUUAAAGUCCUUUGUGAGCAAGUUGAUACGCAAGAAGCUGAGUUUCUUAGGCGCCGCGAAGGGGCUGAAAAGAUUCUGGAAGAGUCUAGGAACCUACUGAAGCUUUUGAAAAGGGUUUAA